AUGGCUGGAGGUAGCACCCUACAUAUCGUCAGCUCUGCUGCUGCUAAGCACCAGCGGCCUGUAGUAGCCUUCGACCUUGAUGAGGUCCUUGGGCAGUACUUGGCCACUUACACUAAGUGGCACAAUAGGGUCUACGGCACGCACUUGAGGGUCUCAGACUUCUUCACGUACCGCUUCUGGGAGGUUCAAGGAGGUACGGCUCAAGAGGCUAUAGAGAAGUGUUAUAUCUUCCAUGAGUCUCCCGAGUUCAAAUCUGGCAUCCCCCUCGUGCCGGGUGCUCAGGAAUACGUCCGAAAAAUCACCAACUUCGCUGAAGUGCAUAUAGUUACUUCUAGACAGGAGGUAGUAGGCCCUGGCUCGGGCGAUGGCAUCGCCAACGGUGUUUGGUCUGCUCAGCAAAUUCGACAAGACACCUACGACUGGGUUUUCGCCAACUUUGGCAUUCCUUCAAAUCGGGUCCAUCUAGGCAACCAUUUCGGCCUAUCUGGAAAGAAGACUUCCAAGGCUGAUAUGUGCAAAGCCAUAGGCGCUACCUUAUUGAUCGACGAUAACCCCAUGUACAUCAAUGAUGCCCUUAGCCAUGGAUUCGGGGGCAUCCUUUACGACUACGACCAUGGGUAG